AUGCUUCACUUCCCAUGGGGCUUUGCAGUUUUCCUCCCGUUCCUGUCGGGCCUGGCUUCCGGCCCUCGUGACCCUUGCUACGAUGCCAACCAGCGUCCACGUUACUGCCUGCCUGAGCUGUCCGAACUGGCCGCGGGGCGCCUGGUGGAAGCGUCGAGCACCUGUGGCAGCCCUCCCGGGCGAUUCUGCGCCUUCCAGGAUUCCAGUGACCCGGCCUCAAAAUUCUGCCAGCGCUGCAGCAGAAAUGCCCACUCGCCAGAGUACCUCACAGACAUCGAUGGGGGAGCUACUUGUUGGUGGUCCCAGCCGGCCACCAAUGCCACACUCACUUUGGCUCUCGGGCGCAGAGUGGAAGUUCUCUACGUGGCUCUCCGGUUCUGCUCCCCACGGCCAGAAUCCCUGGCCAUUUACAAGUCCAUGGACUAUGGGCGCAGCUGGGUCCCCUUUCAGUUCUUCUCUACCCAUUGCCACCGGCGCUAUGGUUUGCCCCCGACCACCACCAUCCUGAAGGCCAUGGAACAUGAGGCCGCCUGCGUUGAAGCCCAGACUGCCCCCAAACCUCUGACAGGGGGCCUGGUGGCCUUCUUGCCUCUAGCAGGCCGCCCCUCCGCCAGGAUGUUUGAGUACAGCCCUGUCUUGCAGGACUGGGUGACCGCCACUGACCUCCGGGUGUCCUUUGACCACAUGCACCCAACGCGGACCCUGGGGCUGCGCCGAAGGGAGGUGUCCUACGGGGUGGCCGAGCUGCAGGUUGGGGGCCGGUGCAAGUGCAACGGACACGCCUCGCAGUGCGCAGCCGGGGAAGAUGGAGGGCCCCCCCAGUGUGAAUGUCGGCACAACACGGCCGGGCCUGAAUGUGACACCUGCAAAGCCUUCUACUGGGACAGGCCCUGGCAGCGGGCCACUCCCAAGGAUGCGCAUGAGUGUGUGGCUUGCGACUGCAAUCUCCAUUCCCAUCGCUGCCGGUUCAGCAUGGAGCUGUUUGAACUCUCGGGGCGCCGCAGUGGGGGGAUCUGCCUGAACUGCCGCCACCACACAGCCGGGCGCCACUGCCAGUACUGCCAGCCUGGCUUUAGGCGGGACUUCAGCCGCCCCAUAACCAGCAGCAAGGCCUGCAAAGCUUGCCAGUGCCAUCCCAUUGGAGCAGCCGGUGCUAUUUGCAACCAAACGACAGGGCAGUGCCACUGCAAGAACGGGGUCACCGGCCUCACCUGCAACCGCUGCGCCCAGGGAUUCCAGCAAAGCCGCAGCGCCCACGCCCCCUGCAUCCGGAUCCAGGAAGCGAUGACGACAACUGUGCCUCCCCCACAGGAAUGGAAUGCAGGCACGGAAUGUCAGACCCACUGCAAGCCGCCACGAGGACGUGUCCACAUGAACUUGAGGAACUACUGCAAGAAGGAUUAUGUUCUCCGUGCACAGCUGCUGGCCAUGGAGAAGUCCGGCACAUGGUGGCAAUUUACCGCCUCCGUCCUCACGGUCUUCCGCCAGCGCCGUGUGCCCAUUCGACGGGGUGAGCAGCCACUGUGGGUUCCCGAGCAAGAUCUGGCCUGCCGAUGCCUCCACCUCCAAGUUGGCAAAUCUUACCUGGUUAUUGGCAACGAUGAAGAGUCGCCUGACCCUGCCCGGUUGAUCCUUGACAAAAACAGCCUGGCGCUGCCCUGGAGAGAUGCGUGGGCACACAAGCUGCGCAGCUUCCAGCAACAAAGCAAACGCGGGAAAUGCCAUGGCGUCUGA